UGAGGCGGCUGGGGGGCCCGGCGGCGGCGGCGGCGGCCAUCGCGGGGCGGCCAUGCCUCGCUGCGGGCGCGUCGGUCGUCUGUUUGAGCUAUGCCUUUGGCUUUUGACGAAGAACAUCCCCAGGUACAUCUCGGAUAUUAAACCUCUGCCUCCCAACAUCAAAGAUAAGCUGAUCCAAAUAAUGAGUUUCCAGGGGCAGAUCACGGAUUCCAAUAUCAGCGAGAUUCUGCAUCCUGCAGUGGAAAGUCUGGAUCUCCGGAGCUGUGAUAUUUCAGAUGCCGCCCUGAUGCACCUGGGUAACUGCAGAAAACUCAAGAAAUUACAUUUAAAUUCCGCAAAAGAGAACAGAACUUCCAUAACGUCAGAAGGAAUCAAAGCGGUGGCCUCCUCUUGCGUGUAUUUGCUGGAGACCUCCCUGAAGAGGUGCAGCAACCUCACGGACGAAGGGGUUUCGGCCCUGGCGAUCCACUGCCGGUUCUUGAGGAUCCUCGACUUGGGGGGCUGCCCCGGUAUCACCGACCGGUCACUCCGGGCCCUGGGGGACAACUGCCCGCAGCUGCGAAGUGUCGACUUUUCAGCGACUCAGGUCACCGAUGGGGGUGUGAUAGCGCUUGUCAGCGGAGUGUGUUCGAAGAAACUAGAGGAGAUCCACAUGGGCCACUGCGUCAAUCUGACCGAUGAAGCGGUGGAGGCUGUCCUCACUUGCUGUCCUCAGAUUCACAUUCUUCUCUUCCAUGGCUGCCCACUGAUCACAGUACCUCUCAUCUAAAUACUUGCUUGGACUCUAUGCAGUAAGAACUAGGCACCCGCUUAUUUGGGUAAUUUUGGAAUCACUUCACAAAAACAGCCAGCAAGUGGUUUUGAAGAGUCAAGGACACUUGGAGGAAGCCAAGUAGUUAAGCAUCUGUAGGCUUUUGGAUGUUUUAGGUUCGAGCACCAUUUUCAAGUGGACGGUGGAGAGUGAAAAAAUUAACCUUGAAAUGUUGAAGACCAGCACUGCCAUCUAGCAGCAAAAAAAUCCUACUGUCCACGGGAAUCCAAUUUUUAAAUGCACGAACUCUCAGGAAACAAAGGCUUCUUUUUUCUUUAUUUUUAAAUCAGAUUGCAGCAUUAGAAAAUACCGGGGACUGUCUUCUUGAACACGUGCGUAUAAAUAAUCCGCCGUGAUCUCCGUGAGAAGCAGCGUGGCC